AUGUCUUCGUUUGCCAGUGCCUUCCUGCGUACCAGCCGCGCUGCUCUCCGUAGCAAUGGCGCCGCCAACCCCGUCCAGGCCGCAUGGGGUCCUCGCGGAGGUGCCUACAUGAGAAACUACGCCACUGCCUUUGAGCGCAACAAGCCUCACGUCAACAUUGGUCCGUCGCCGCCCUCCUGUAUGCUGCUAUGCUCCCUCUGA